GAUUUCACAAGGCAUCUAAAUAUUUUGCUAUUUAUAGUUUCUAAACGUUUCUUACACUUAAACAACCAAAUUCAUGCGCAAUGGCUUCAAAGAAACCAGUUAAUCGCCCAUCCGUGAGGCACCCGAGUCACAACCAUCCUCUGAACAUCUUUAAAGCUAGAGGCAAAGAUGAGGUUGUUUGCUCUGGAUGCGAGCUCGAGCUAACGGGACAAGCUUUCAAGUGCAUGAAAUCAGACUGUGAUUUCUUCUUGCACAAGUCAUGUUUUGAUCUACCUCGUGAAACCAAUCACAAGUCUCACCCGGACCACUCUUUAACCUUGCUUCAUUCUCCACCGUAUGGUCAGUCUUACACAUGCGACGCAUGCGGUGAGUACGGAUCAGGAUUCACUUACAACUGUUCUGAAUGUCAAUACGAUGUUCAUGUUGGUUGUGCGUUUAUCCCUGAGACCGUGGAGCGAGAAGAUCACGAACAUCCACUCACUCUUCUCUACAACACACCAUGCAAAGGUCGAGAGGACGGUGCAAUGUUCAUAUGUGAUGUUUGUGAAGAAGAUAUGUCGGAGAAUCUUUGGGUUUACUACUGCAAAGAUUGUGAUUAUGGAACGCAUGUACAUUCAUGCGCGGUUUAUGAAGAUCAUGAGCCGUCAAAGAAAAAUGGAGGAGAAAAAGGAGAAGGGAGCUCUGCGGUUUCAAGGAUGAAGUCGUUGAUGAAAGCUCAAGAUGAGAUGGCGGCGUUGCAGCUCGAGGCACGUAUUAGGAAUGACACUAAUAAUGCUAUACUCGAUUUAUGGGAUAGUCCAAAGCGGAGGUAUUAUUGGUAAUCAAAUCAACGAAUGGUCAAUUGAUGAAAAAGUUUGUGAUUGUUCUUUCUUUUGAAAAUUUCGUUUUUUUCGUGUGAGUUACUGGGAGUGUUGUUAUGUCAUUUAAUCUUGUAUUUUCAUUGUUAUACAAAAUGUAUGGUGGAAUAACAAGCUGAUUGGUUAUAUAUUUGGCUUAUUUAA